UAUUGAUGCGAUCACUGCGGCUUUUAGGUUGGGUAAUCCUUUUUCAAUUGGAUCGCGAUGUGUUUUUGAUGUUAUUUAAAAAGUAAUUGUCCUCGUGUGUGAAAUGGCGGUGUCCUUUCUCGGAAAAAGAAUCGCUCUAACGCAACGGAGUUUCUUGAAAAUUCCGAAGCGACACGGAUAUAUAGUCCUACUUCCAGAAAUAGGCGAAGAAUCGUCAGAGAAAAAUCCUUUAUUGAAGGAUGAUAAUUUACCAGAAUUUAACACACUUACAAUUGAAAAAUGUAUAGCGGCUAUUGGAAAGCAAACUGUGGAUUUUGAAGAGAAAAUGAAAAACUUGGAAAAUAUUGUAGACUCAAAAAAUGUAGAUGUAUUUAAUGAUUGGUUGCACCCAAUCGAAGACGCAUAUCUUCCUCUAGAGACUACUUGGGGGAUAGCAAAAACUUUGUACUUUGGUAAUCAGAGUAUGAUGCCAACAAAAUGUUACAUGGGUAUUCAUGAACGUGCCACAAGAGCCAUAGCUAGCAAAUUUGGCAGUGCACCACUCUUUAAAGCAUGCAAGGAAGCACUGGAAAAUAAGGAUAUUAAAUUGACACAUUCACAGAGGAGAGUGCUUACCAAGUAUGUGUUGGAGGGAACUUUGAAUGGCCUGCAACUCCAGGGUAAAGAAUUUGAAAAAUACUCGGAUGACUUAAGCUAUAUCAUGACGAAAAUUAAGGAAUACAAGGCGAAAUAUGAGAGUUCUACAGCCGUGUAUAAUAUGGCAAUACAUAAUAAGCACAUUAUUGAAGAUUUUCCAGAAGAUUAUCUGCAGUCUAUUGCGACCGAUCCUAGGCAACCUUACAUGGGGCCUUGGAAGAUCACUUUAAAACCGUACAUUCUACAACCGUUUAUGGAAUAUUGUCCUGAUCGCGAAUUAAGGGCAGCGAUUUGGGAUGCUGACGUUACUCGGUGCUCUAAUUAUCAAGAAAGAUCCGUUCAAGCCAGUGUGACGUUGGAGGAACUCCGAGGAAGAAGAAUUGAGCAGGCGCAACGCUUAGGAUUCAAAAAUUACGCGGAUAUGAGCAUGCAAACAAAGAUGGCCGGCACAUUGGAGAAUCUGCACGACACGCUAGAAACUCUUCGACAAACUGCCUUUCCGGUUCAGGAACAGGAAAUCGCAAGUUUAACUGAUUUUGCAAAAGAGAGAGGGUUUAAUGAUGCUAUAAGGGUAUGGGAUAUUGCGUAUUGGGGUAGAAAACAACGUCUUAGCAUGUAUAACUGCAACGAGUACAAAUGGAGAGAGUACUUUCCGCUACCGACUGUUUUGUCGGGCCUCUUCAAUCACAUCGAGUCACUUUUCAACGUGAAAAUUGUUGAAAGUAAGAAAGCAGAUAUCUGGCACAAAGAUGUUUGGUUUUUUGACAUAUUCGAUUUGAACGGAUCCAGUGCAACACCCAUCGCAAACUUCUACCUGGAUCCUUAUGCCAGAGGCAGGGAGAAAUUCCGCAAAGAGCAGGACUCGGGAUGGGUAUCUACGAUCAAAAGCAAAAGCAAAAUUGGCAAUAGCACUCCGUUGAUUGCUCUGAUCUUUAAUUUUCCGCCACCGAUAGGCGAUAAACCGUCUUUGCUCUCCUUCAGAGACGUACAAGUCCUCUUCCAGAAGUUUGGGCACGCUUUGCAACAUUUGCUAACUACGAUUGAGUACUCUGACAUUGCCGGAUUGUCGUUUGUGGAAUGGGAUGCGGUAUUUAUUUGCGAUUUCUUUAUGGAGAACUGGUUAUACGAACCGUUCAUGUUGCAAAAAAUCUCUGAACAUUAUAAAACAAAGGAGCCAUUACCUGCAGAAGCUAUCGAGGGCAUUAAAAAGAUAAGAUCGCAUUUAGCUGGCUACAAACUUUGCAAAGAACUUUACUUGUCACAUUUGGAUCUGGAGUUGCAUUCUAGUGAAACAUUUUGGGUACCCAUGAUGAAACGCCUCUGGCCGAAGUAUUUCGUGUUACCUCUCGAAAAAAGGGACGUUCACGUUUGCAACUUUGAAGCUAUAUGGAGCGGCAAUUGGGCAGCCGCGUAUUUUAGCAAAGUUUGGUCCGAGAUGAUAGCUGCCGAUUUAUAUACAGCUUUCCAAGAAAACAAAUCCGACGAAUCGCAGAAGGAGUUGGGCGCUAGGUUCCGCAAUACAUUUUUGUCCUUAGGCGGCAGUUAUCCUUCCGCCGAGGUGUUUAGGAAGUUUAGGGGAAGGGAUCCAAGUCCACAGGCGUUACUGGACAAUCUGGGAUUAACGCGAACAGCGAAGGAAACCAAGUGAUUUGAUUGUAUUGAAAGAAUUAUAUGAUUAGCUUAGAUAGAUAGAUUAGAUAGAUAACUGACCACUUCAAGAGUGCGCAAAGAUAAUGAUGAAUCCUGUAUAGUAACAGCUAUUAUUAUCUGGAGCUAUAACGAUAUAGAGCCAGGAAUUAAUUGAAACGUAAAGUGGUCAAAUUACGCAAUAAAUUAUUACUUGUAAAAUAUUGUGCUAAAGAACGCGAAUUUUUUGUUUAAAGUGAUAUAUGAAAGUUAUAUAAUUUGAAUAAAAGAAAUAUUUA